AUGGAUGAUCGAUCCCGCAACAACUCAGAGGCCCAGUCUCAUGCGACAAACAUUGACCAUACCCUAAAGGAACUUCAGCGAAAAGUCCGCGAAUAUGAAGCUCAGCUAAGCGAGUUGCGAUCCGCAGAGUAUAAGGCCCCAAGCACCGCCGCUGGCCAGGCUCAGAUCCUCAAAACAGCCUUUGACGACGUUGCCAACUCUGAACCAUUUCUCCCCUUCCCGGGCUCAGUUCUCCCUGCGCUGCUGGCUCUGCGCAAGACACACCAGACGAUCCAGGAGUCCAAGGCGUUUCUAGCUUCGCAGACAGACGCAACCGAGAGAAUAAAGAAGCGAUUGAAGGAUGAUGAAUCCGCGCUAAAGGACCAGCAGCUCCUCAACGAAGCUCUCAAGCAAAGAAUCGAGACUCUGCGCUCAGAGGCGGAUUCUGGAGCCAACGCGCAACCAGAAGAUGAAGCGCGCAAACGCAUCGAGGAACUACGACGAAAGAAACAAAAGUACAACAAAGAGACGAGCAAGCUGAUGAAGUCCCUCAACCGCUUCAUCAACGACCAUCUGGCUGUGAUGCUCGCGGCAGAAGCCAUGGGCGGCCCAGUCGUUGGAGACCUAAUGGACGCCGACGCUGAGGAGAUCGCCGCGGGCUUCAACGCGCAGGGGAAGCUCAAGAAGCCGAAAGGCGAGAUCAACAAGGACAAGAACCAGCGCCGCAUAGACGAUAUCUGGGGCCCGAGCGACGACAGCGGCAAAAAGAGAGAUGUGGCUACGGCUGCUGGCGAGGAGAUGCGGCAGCUUACAGAGGAGCUACUCAACAAGCUUGUUGAGGCGAAGGGAAGCAGCUCAGAUGCCUACGUGCGGCUGCCGUACGAGACGGCGUCGGCAAGGUUUCUCAUCAGGUCCAACGUGGCGCAGUUUCACCCGAAGGAUGCUAUGAGGAUACGGCUGGUAGAUUAUGGACGGGAGUUGGACGAUUAG